GAUUUUUUCUUUUAGUUUGCUGACCACAUCUGCAGCGUGCAAUUCUUUUACUAGUAGGCAGCUGAAAAAUGUUUUUUAAAGGUGUUUUGGUGCUCACGGUGCUCGUUAUUGGUACCACAGGGUUUCCAGACGGUGCUCCAGUAGAUGCUUGCGUCAAGUCCAGGCCCAACCAGCCCAACCAUGGUCAAGCCAGACCACAACCUGCAGAAACCAACCCCUUCCAAGUCGUUCAAUCACAAGUUGAAUAUGGACCUGGAAGCCAAAUUACUGUAACGAUCCAGGGCCAGGACAACUUUAAAGGGUUCCUGAUCCAGGCAAGAGAUGUCGCGACCAACGAAUGGAUAGGAGAGUGGGUGGAAUCUCCAAAUACUAAAGUCCAUCCAGAGUGCAGCGCCAUCACUCAUGCAGAUCCUAAACCAAAGGCCCAAGCAGUCCUGCUGUGGCAAGCCCCUAAAAACGGACAACAAGGACAAGUUUAUUUCACGGGUACCGUCUUAAAAUCUUAUACCCAGUUUUGGUCCGACGUCGUUUCUGUAUUGGGUCAAUAAAAAAAUAAAAAAAUAAAUUAAAUAUUUAAGAAGAAACUUACCAUUAAAUUAUUGUAAAUAAUAUAAAAUAUUUUAUUUUAUUAAAAUGCCAUGUUUAAAUUUAAUUAAUUAUGCCCUAUUUUUGUGUUUACCUU